AUGGACCUCCUCCCCCGAGACGCCUACACCCUCCGCGACUUUCUCGUUGCCAACAGCAUGUGCAAGAGGCUCGAGCUCUCCUUCAAUCGCUUCGGGGCAGAAGGCGCGACCAUCCUGGCGCAGGCGCUGAAGGAGAACAGAAGCGUGUCUGAGCUGAGGAUCGCCAGCAACUGCAUCGGCGACAAGGGAGCGAUCGAGAUCGCCGAGCUCAUCCGCGUGAGCGAGUACCUGGAGGAGCUUGACUUGGGCGACAACGACCUCUCCUGCAGGAGCGGCAUCGCCAUCUUCUAUGCCGCUGCCAUGUCGCUCCCUGCCCGCAACGCGUCCGGGCAGAAGGUGCCGGGCUCGCACAUCCUGAAGCGCGUGCUGCUCUACCACAACCGCCUGGGCCCGCAGACGAUGCAGGCGUGGGCCAAGUGCAUAUCGAAGCACCCCAAGCUGGAGGUCGACCUGACGGACAACAACGUGGGGGACGAGGGUCUGGUGAACCUCUCUCGAGCCGUGACGAGGCACUGGACUCAAGACCGGAUGGACCUGCGGGGGAUGCGGGUGGGGCCCGUCGGCCUGAUGUCCCUCGUUUCCUCCAUCGCCCUCCACUCCUUCCGUAGCGUCAGCACGCUCUACCUGUCGGGGAACCCGCUGGGAGGGGAAGGAGCUGACCAUCUCAUCCUCCUGCUCGAGCGGAACCUCGCCCUGACUGCGCUGGACGUCUCAGGAUGCUCGUUGCAGGACAAGGGAGUGGAGAAGAUCGCUCAGGGCCUGGAAAGGAACGAGCGGUUGGAGUACAUUGACCUCGGCGACAACGACAUCUCUGACCACGGCGUCAAUGCUGUAGCCGCCAUGCUGGCUGCCAAGGGGAAGCGCGCAAGAAACAGGCAGCAUCUGUUUCCGUUCUCCCUCAAGCGGGUAGUGCUCAGCACCAACGGCAUCACGUCUACAGGCUUCGGCCAGUUCGCUGCUGCUGUCACCAUCGCGCACCUCGCAACCAUCGAGCUUUCCUCCUGCAAGAUCACAGACAACGGCUGUCGAGCCUUCUCGCAGCAUCUCGCCAACAACAGGACGCUCAAGAUCAUCGACUUGUCUUCUAAUCUGCUCACUGCUGAUGGCGUGUGGGUCCUGGCCGAGUCAAUCAUCGCCAACCGAUCCAUCGAGACAAUUCGCAUCAACGAC